CGAUCCAGCCUCCACUCUGCCCUGUUCAUUCUCAGGCCGGGUAGGACCCCAGCAACAACAUUGCAAUCGGUUAAACCUAAAGAAGAUUCGGCUGUACAAUCGCAAGCCAUCCUUUGAGUAGACAACAUUUUGUGGAAAUUUCUCACCGUCACUGAUCAGAAGACACUCCAAGUUGUUGAAUCGAAUCAGAAGGCACUGGGAAGAGGCGCAAAGAAAAAUUUCCAUACUAGAUGACAUUACAUCGCAAUGUCCGAUCGUUUGGGGCAAAUAACCAAGUCCAAGGAUGGAAAAAGCAAGUAUUCCUCACUCAGCCUAUUUGAUAAGUACAAGGGAAAAUCAAUAGAAACUCAGAAAAACACAGUAGUUCCGCGACAUGGCUUGCAGAGUCUUGGUAAAGUGGCCACAGCCCGGCGUAUGCCCCCGCCAGCUCAUCUGCCGAGCUUGAAGUCUGAAAACAAAGGAAACGAUCCCAACGUGAUUAUAGUGCCCAAAGACGGUACAGGAUGGGCGAACAAGCAGGAACAACCCGAUCAAAAGAAUUCUGUUGCAUCAACACCACAGCUGCCGGAGUUGCAGCCGCCGCUGCCUUUGCAGAAAUCUGUCUCCAAUCUUCAGAAGUCCUCACCGGUAGCCAACCAGGAGAACACAAACACAAGUGGACCAAAGCAAUGGGCCCAGCUAAAUGGAAAGGCAGUAGAGCAAGAUGGUUCAAGGGCCUCAAACCGACUUCAGCCCUUCUCUCACGAGGAAUUUCCCACACUGAAGGCAGCUGGAGAACAGGACAGGGCUGGCAAGGAAAGAAGCGGCUUCGAUCCGUCGUAUGGGCCCGGACCAAGCCUCCGCCCCCAGAAUGUGACAAGCUGGAGGGAAGGUGGUGGCAGGAACCUUCAGCCCUCAUCCCUGACCCUCAGCCUGCCAGCAGAUCCUGAGGGUAAGGCCACUGCCCUGGCUGAGACUGGCACCCCUCCAGCCUCGUCUCACCCCUCCUCCGCCACAGUCACCACCUCAUCUAGUACGGUGACGGCUCCGUCACCAGGCCCUGACCCCAAGGAGCUUUCCCUGCGACCUGCUCAGCCUGUCCGCAGAACAGCCGUCCCUACUGCAUUGCAGUACCAGCUUCAUCACACUUCAACUGCUGUCUACCAUGACAUGUUGCCUGCCUUUAUGUGCUCUAAAGAGACACGUGAAGCUACGGGUACAGACCAUGUUCCCACCACCGUAGCAGCCCCCGCCCGUUUUGACAGCAAACCUACUUUUAGGCAGAGCUAUGCCAAACCUGAGCUUGUAAAUGGUGACGUAAGGAGAGAGAAUCGCUUUGUCCGUGCUGCGCCUCGACUUUCUUCGCAGCCUAUCCGUAGACCUACCGACAGACCAGUUCGCCCAGCCAUUAUUAAUCCAGAGGAUUUGAAGGAUCUGGAUGAGCUUGACAAUGAUUGUGAAGAUGGAUGGGCUGGACUUCAUGAGGAGGUUGAUUAUAGUGAGAAGCUCAAAUUUAGUGAUGAUGAAGAAGAACACUCUUCCAGUGACAAAAACAAGAUCUGGGCUGACUGGGAGAGGGAGAGAGAUAACCAGCGGGACUGCCAUUCCUCCCUUAGCUCAGGGGAGGCAUCUUACCCACAAGAGGGUCCAGAAGAGAGUUACUCUUUCCAGCAUCACCACCACGAGCCUCCCAGGAAGACCAACGGCAAAUAUCUCUCCACAGACACCCAGGUCCAACAGAGAAACCAAGGAGACCCACUUGCUGACCAGGAUGAUCACCAGCGGCAGUCUCAGGCACCAGCUAGGGCCAAGUAUGUGUCGCCAGAGCUCUCUGAGGCUGUUGAGAGAGCCCGAAGACGGCGGGAGGAGGAAGAGAGGCGUGCUCGUGAGGAACGUCUGGCAGCAUGUGCUGAAAAGCUCAAAAAACUGGAUGAAAAAUUUGGGAAGACUGAAAGGCAGACAUCAAGGACGGAUGACAGCCAGAAGGAGGUAGAGGGAAAAGAAGUUCCACUGUCCCCAAGUCGGGAACAGAGUCGAAGCCACCAUGAUAACUGGCACUACAGCACAAAAGAUGGAAGUGAGUGUCCCUCGGACAUUUCCCCUGGCCAUAGUUACCGUGAAGAGUCUGGCUUCUCUACCUACCGUGGCAGUGAAGACGAUGGCCCAGAGCCCUCCUCACCAUCAGGAGACUACAGUGGGCGUCAGCCAAUCAAACCAGUGCCACCCCGCUUUCAAAAGCAACCACAACACCACCAGCAGCAGGAACAAAUGUUCAAGAUGCAGCAUUGGCAGCAGUCAGGUCACCCUAAUCCAUCAGGGUCAAGCCACACUCAGCGGGGCUACUACCCUCCACAUGUCCUCGGUUUUGAUCCGCGCUGGAUGAUGAUGCCACCUUUCAUGGAUCCCCGCAUGACCCAGGGACGGUCUCCUGUUGACUACUACCCUGCAGGAAUGGUAAAACCUAUGAUGCACCAAGAUCACUUGAACAGUCCCGGUUCUGAUGAGGGAUGCCAUCCAAACUUGCCUCAGGAGAGACGAGCGCCUUCCACUGAGCCUUACCCAGUGUGGAAUCAAGAUGGCUAUCCCUUGCGUAGCUUUACUCCACCUUACCAGAGACAGCGUGAAAGCUCGGAAAGCGGACAUCCCGAUGACAGAGGUGAUAUGGCCUCUUCCCAACAGGACUCCUAUGAAGAGAGGGCCAGUGAUUGUUUGUCCCACACUCAAGAUGAUCUUCCCCAUCACAGUUAUCAGAGCAGAGGUUCAGACAGAGAACAACAUGACCAAGGCUUGCUCACCACCGCUCAGAACCUCUCUCAGAAUUAUUCAGAUAUUGAAUUCCCAAAGCAAGAGUUGAGAGACAAGCAUCUGAAAGAUGGCCUUGAAUCCCACGACGAGGCCUUAGAUGGCUCCACAGACAACUGGAAAAGAGAUGGUAGCCAGAAACAAGACGGAGGGGUUAACAGUGCCCAAAACCAGUGGUCUGAAGCCAGUUCCAGUUCAAGUAGUGUCAACCAGCCAUCUGAGGCUAGUGGACGCACCUUGAUACGCAGAACUGGUCCCAUCAAGAAACCAGUUCUUAAGGCUCUCAAAGUGGAAGACAAGGAGAAUGAAAAGCCUAAACCUGAGCCUGAGGAGAAGCCUGUCCCCUACCGCCUGGAGAAAGAAGUCCUUACUAACGUUUAUGACUUGAAGAAAGACAACCAGCCUGCCAACAAUAGGCGUUCUGCAUCACCUGUGGUUGAAAAACAACCUGAAGAGAGGCAGCGCCAGUCUCCAGCUCCCAGUAAAAUGGACAGACCUCUGACCACCCACAGCGAUGACUCUCCCAAGGAGAACACUUGGAGCAGUGCUAAAAGCCAGUCACUUAGAGACAGUCAGGAGAACCGAGAACCCCAGGCACCACGGCGCAAUAACUGGAUCUUUAUUGAUGAAGAACAGGCCUUUGGUGCAGUGAGGGGGACGGGUAGAGGCCGCAGUCGAGGCUUCCGGGAAUUUAACUCCAGAGGUGGAACCCGCGGUGGCCGCGGUGGAGAUAAUCUCAGAGGUGUUUAUAACAACAAUAACAACAGCAGUGGCAGCAGCACUCAGCGAGUAGGCAGAGGUCGAGCACCACCCAGGGAUCUAAUCAAGGUCGAGGAGUUUCAGAGGGGCAAACCCCGUAGGCGAAAUGUCAGUGAAACAUUGAGUGAAGCCUCAGAGUAUGAGGAACUUCCCAAGAGGCGUCGCCAGAAAGGAUCUGAAAAUGGAGAAGGCUAUACAGAGUCUGGGGAUGUCCGUAAAGCUGAUAGAGACUCUUGGAGAUCCAACAAGGUGUACACAGAUGAUCAGACUGCCCCAGAUUCCAGAGAAAAGACCAAGGUCACCAGAGGCUUUGGAAAUCGGGUGCUGCCUCCACGACUGAACACCACUGGUAGUUACAGUCGAAGCUUUGGAGGAUCUAGAGAUAUUUCUACAUGGAGGGGCCGUGGGCCUCAAUUUAGUGGCAGCAGUAGCGGCUCGAUGCAAGAAAAUGGUUAUGGUCCUGGAGCAGAGACUGCUUACUCCCGCAGACCCCCAGUUGAGCGUGACGCUCUCAAGUACACUCCUAAAUUUACUGGCUCCUUCAUGGAAAAUGGAACAGAGGAGCGUGAAGGAGAAUACUACUUUGACAGCGAGAACCCUGACAGACAGAUUUUAAGGAGAAGGCGUCCUCCACGUCAAGACAAGCCUCCGCGCUUCCGUCGUCUACGACAAGAGCGUGAACCUGGCUCAAAUCAGUGGACAAGUGAUGAGUUCAUAAACGGAGACUUUGCAAAUCCCUGGCCAGGUCAUUCUAAAAGCACUGGUGAUGAUAACUGGCCCAGUGGCCACUACUCUGGACGUUCUAGCCAGCAUGGCCAGACAGAGGAAUGGGAGACGGGUUCAGACAACAGCGACUUUGGUGACUGGAGAGAGAAACGGAGUGGAGGUGGAGGCAUUGCUACACAGGGCCAUGGCGAUAUUCCCUCAGACUCUGGCCAGGAGCCAGGCUCCAGUGAGAAGAGGGAGCUUUCUAAGAGAAGCUUCUCUAGUCAGAGACCAUUGGUGGAACGGCAGAACAGGAAAGGAGAACCAUCACUGCUGGACGCAAGCAAGAUGGUGCGUGCACCUGAUAAUCCUCCCACCUCCUCAUCGAACAGGAGUGACAGCUGGCAGAACGGAGGCACUUCUUGUAAAAGCAGGAGUCCAGAUGAGUCAGGCUCUGUAUACAGCAUAGAGCAGCUGCCAGAAGAGAGGGAGCCCAUUGAGCCCGCUGGGAAGAAAUUAGACAAGGAGCUGAAGCCAGGACCUGUCAAAACAGACAUCACUGAACCACUGUCCCCAUAUGAGCUCAGCAGCUACCCAAUUGAAGGAGACGCAGGGGGACCAGGUUCAAAUGCAGAUGGAUACCAGGAUGCCUUGUCCAAAAAGCAAAGACGCCCACAGGAAGAUGACAGGAGGAGGAAAGAACAAGGGGCAGCUGUACCAGUGAAAAACAGGACAGUCACUUCCAAGAUGCCACCACGCUUUGCCAAAAAGCAGGGAAGCAUGAGCAUUGAACAACCCGAGGAAGGAAUUUCUUCUAACAAUCUGGGAACUGAAAUCUGGGAGACCAACAGCUCAGCUCUUUCAGUGCAGUCUUCAGGGGGAGACUCAUGGACCAAACAGGUGUCUUACACUGGGAGUGAGCCCAACUCUGAGGACUCUGAUGCGGGCCCAGAACAAAACAAAGAGCAGCACAAGCCAGGGCCCAUCGGAAAUGAACGCUCCCUGAAACACCGGAAGGGCUCAGAAGGUGUCGAUAGGCUGGAAGGUGGCCCUAUCACACCAGUCAAUGGUGUGGACCUCCAUGUGGACACUGUGCUGCCUGUCCCACCCAUUGAGUUUGGUGUCAGUGCCAAAGAUUCAGAUUUCAGCCUGCCGCCGGGUUCUACCCCAGUACCCGUGUCCAAUCCUGUGAACAAGCUUCAGGACACGGCUUUGAAUCAGAGUAUCCCCAUUCUGCGCUCCAACCACCUGCAGCCUGGCAUCAACCUCAACCCCAUCUCCUUUCCCAGUGCUGAUCUCACUCUCAAGAUGGAGUCAGCACGCAAGGCGUGGGAGAACUCCCAGUCUCUUCCUGAGCAGGGCUCUCCUGGUGGCAGCGCUUCAGGUGCUCAGCCUCCCUGCAGUGGCGGCUCAUCCACUGGUGUCAGUUACAGCUCGUUUGGAGGCGUUUCCAUGCCACCAAUGCCCGUUGCAUCAGUAGCACCUUCCAUGUCCAUGCAAGGGAAUCAUAUUCCCCCGCUGUAUCUGGAUGGUCACGUCUUUCCAAGCCAGCCACGCCUUGUACCACCUACCAUGACCCAGCAGCAGACUUUCAUUCAGGCGGCUGCAGCCCAGCAGAUUCCCAUUUCUUUACACACGUCUCUUCAGGCUCAGGCCCAGUUGGGGCUUCGGGGAGGUCUGCCUGUUUCUCAGUCCCAAGAGAUGUUCAGCUCCAUCACCCCCUUCAGGUCCCAGGUUUACAUGCACCCCAACUUGUCACAGCCCAGCCCCAUGGUACUGUCAGGUGGAGCCCCUCUCAAGGGCCCAUACUCAGCUUUCCCUGGCAUGCAGCCAUCAGACAUGGUUAAACCCCAGUCAGGCUCACACUACCAGCCUAUGAAUGGCAGCCAGCAGCUAGUCUAUGAUAGUCAGAUGAACCAAGGGCCUGGCAUGGGCUCUUCACAGUUAAUGGACUCUCAGCUCAUUCAGGUCACUAUGCCCCUGCCUGGCUCUCAGCUGCGUUAUGGUUCAGCUCAACAACACCUCAUCCUCCCACAGUCCAUCCAGCUGCAGCAGGGACAGAACUUGUCAGUGGGAGCCCCACGCCGAAUGCUACCACCAGGGUCGCAGGCAGCUGUCAUGACUGGCAGCAGAGAGGGCCCACAGAUGGAAAUGAAAGGUUUUCAGUUCUCUGAGAAGCCCAAUCAUUCCCCAGGCAUGUCUGGAGGUUCUUACAGACCUGGCUCUGCUAGCCCCGGCGGGAAGCCCUCUGGUCCUGGAGGACCUGUAGGCCCUCUGCCUACACAUUUUGCUCAGCAGGUCCCUCCUGCUCAGGGCAGCAUGGUGAUGCACAUGCGGCCCCCCACCACAGGCCCCUUCCCUAACCCUAUUCAGAGACCUGUUAUGCAGGUCAAUAAGCCCGUCAUCAUCCGUUCCCCCCCUUACCCCAAUCCUGGCCGUGACCCUCCCCACUCCACCCCUCCUUCAGCUUCCGAGCCCCCAGUUAAAGGGCAAGAGGAUGGCAUGAAGAAUAAAACAAUAAGAGAUGUACGCAAGGCGGUGGGAGAGGGCAAAACACCGUCCGGGGGCAUGACCAGCAAACUCCAGGAGCCCCUACCUUCCACAGGCCAAGCCAAACCAGCACGCACUGGAGCCAUCAAACCCCAGGCUGUCAAAGUAGAAGAGGGCAAGGCGUAAUAAUGGACCUUAAAAUCCUCAUCACCACCAAGCCUGCCAACACAAAGCUCAUUGACCACUGUCAGCCUUUUUAAAACCCACCUUACCCCCAAGGCUCCAAGGCCCGGGGCCUGCAGGCAGACAACAUAAUGAAAUGCCCCCUCUUGAACUUUCAGAACUGGACACUGUUAUUUCACAUCACGUAUAGAGAUAUAUAAAUAUAUAUAAAUAUAUGCAUAAACACAGUCUUUUAAACAGAUCUCUUCAAGGUCCUCUUUAAUUUAUUAUUAGUCACUUUUAAGGGGAUAUUGGUAAGAAGAAAAGACAUUUUGUUUUUGUGUGUGCGUUUUCUCUGAAGUGGGGGAAGAGGAAAAUGGCCAGCUCACAUGGUUCAUUUUCCAUACUGUUUUGCCAAACUGUAAUUACUCCCUGUUUAUGGACUGCAUCCCUUAAAGACCCGACAGGAACUUCAUACAACUGAGAAACAAAGUCUGUUAACAUUUUUUUUUUUUUUUUAAAAGCAAAUUUGAAAUGCAGUGUGGGGCACUUUUUGUUUUUCUUUGGUAUUUUUUUCUGGUAAAUAAAGUCACGACCCAGACAUCCAUACUAAUGCUAAAAGACUUAUUUCAUUAACCCAGGAAAAAAAUACAACACAAUUGUUGGGCAUCAUGCAUGUCAAACAUAGCAGAAGUCAAGUGGAUCACCUCAGAAAUGCGUCUUUUUUGGGCUACUUAACCCAACACAUGAACUGCGUAAAAACUGCUUAGAUUCUUAGAAACUUUUUUUUCUCUUUAAACCGUUCUUUGCGUUUAGAUUCUGUUGCUCACUCUGUAUGUAAAUUGAAAGGAGAAAAAAAAGAGAUGGAGGUUUUACCAAAAUUAUGUUGCUUCCAUGGGAAGUUCACUGGCAUCGAUGGCGUGUGCAUGUGAUGUGUUGAAUGUGUGUAAACUUGCAGGACAUCUACCUAGAAGCUAGCAACAUUUCACAAAGACUGUACCUGAACUCGGCAUUUAUUAUGCUGACGUGUGCUCUGUGUGCGUGCGGGGGUGUGUGUGUGGAUUUGGAUUGACCACGCUGAAAACAUUUGUGGGUUCAUUGUGAAGUUUUGGAGGGCUGAGAGGUGGGCAUUCACAGUUGCUGUAAAAGGACUCUCAGACAGCUGAUUGAAAUGUUUGCUUUCUUAUCGCUUUGCUUUGGGCUGUAAUGAAAUCAAACUGUGUUAAUGAACAUGUGAUGUAAGCGAUUUUUCUUUUUUCCUUCUUUAACAUCCAUUAGCGUUUGUUUUCUUUUUCUUUAGGGCUCCUGAAAGACUUCCAUAUUGUUCAGAUCCCAUUUCAAAAUCACUGAGGGGAGUUAUUGGAAAAAAAAAAUAAAUCUCAUCACUAUUUGAUAAUUCAAAAUCUGUUUUCUGAGGUGGCACUAGCAAUAAAUGCAGCCUAACUAUAA